AUGGCAGUCGAUGUGGACAGCCUGCUGGAUCCGUUGUUGGUAGCUACUGGUGGCGCCGCCAGACUCGCGCCUAUUCUUUCGGCCGCAAAGAUGGAUUCAGUCAUCGGGUUCAGAGCAGAGCAGUUGCAGAAUGCGAUGCUCAAGAGGUGGCUCGACAGUGGCAAACCUAUUGAUGAUGUGUUUAACUUCCUCCAGCUUUUGGACUUGGGCAAAAGAGGCAUCACAUCGGAAAAUCUGGAUACUUUUGCGCAAUACAUUGACCUUUAUAACAAUAAAUAUGGCAAGGAGGAGUAUAUGCUUCCGUUUUUACGAAAAACGUUUACUGACAAGGUAUUCGCAAUGAUGAUACUGGAAGGAACGGGGACUUCUAAGAACAUUCGCGACGGUUACGUGUGGCGACGGAUGGGCGAUGGGAAAUCGGCCGUCGAUUUUGUCGCCAGUAUCCUCUUCUUUGCAAUUGAUUUGGACAGUCUGCUGGAUCCUCUGUUGGCAGCCUUUGGUGGCGCGGCCAAACUUAUGCCUGUUUUGUUAAAGACAAAGAUGAAUCCAGUCACCGGGUUUAGAGCAAGACAGCUGUAUAUUGUGAUGCUUAAGAGGUGGCUGCAUAGUGGCAAAUCCGUCGGCAAUGUUAUUGGCUUGCUCGAGAUGAACAACUUGAAAAUUGAUGACAUCUCACGUGCAGAAGAUGACAUUUUGGAGCAGUACGGUGCAGGUUCUGACACUUUGAAGGAGUACAUCAAACUCUAUCACGAAAAACAUGGUACCGACAUGGAUUUGGCUUCGUGCGUCGAAGCGGAGAAGAUUGAGAAAGCACUUGCAAAUGAGCGGGGAAAAAGGAAGGGAGAGACCCAGAAAAGGAAGGGAGUCUCACAGCCCGCGACUAUACGUGCUGUUCGGCAAAAACGGCUAGGCUGA